CACCACGUGAGCAGUAGAGAGUUUCUGUGAUCAAUUGUCUUCGUCAUGGCGAAAACGUACGCUUUCAGUUAAUUUAGUUAGCACAACGGAAUAAUUUUAUUGUUUGCGCCGUACGACAAUUACCAAUAGUAAGCGUCUUUGGAAAGGUUAAUGUUCGUUUCGAGAAGGAUGUUACGCCGAGCCGAUGCAGAAGAGGAUCUCUACGCCGGGUUCGAUGAGGAAGCUCACCCAGCUUUUGACACUCAAACAUUAGCCGUCGACGAGGCUUUCCAGCAGGCUGUCCAAAGUAGUCAUGGGCGGGGACCCCCAACAUCGUCUGGCAGCACUACGGCGUUCCGGCUGGCUACCGCCCGAAGCAGUGCGGCAAUGCGACGGGGGGUAGGCACCGCCAAUGGGCGACCAGUCACAGGCGGUGAGAUAGCUCGGCCCGUGACGGCUGUUCGAGGUGCCGGCUUCCAGAGCGGGGCAUCAGGCAUUCGCGGUACCAAUGUAGGUGUAUUCGACCCUCUUAACCAAGCCAAGAGCUCACCCAUUGUAACACUUCAGUUGAAAGAUGAAAAUGAUCCUAAGGAGAGAAUUAAAGACAUGGAAGCGUGUAUCAACUCACUGGUUGAGGAAAGUGUUAGAGAUGCCAGUAAGCGAAACUUUAAGCUCGCGCUUGAAAAGGCAAAAGAGGCCGCGUCACGUGACCGACAGUUGGCCAAGCAGCGAGAGCAGAUUUUAGCGGGAAGUCCAGCGAACAUGGAACUGAGCUUCUGUGUGAGCCUGAACCUGGCGCUUAGGUACACCGAUGCCGAUAUGCUCAGCGAAGCUCUUGAAAUCUAUCAGGGCAUCGUCCAAAACCGCGCGUUCUCCAAUAUUGGUCGUCUUAAACUAAACAUGGGAAACAUCUGCUUCAUGCAGGAAAACUUUCCAAAGGCUGUGAAGUUCUAUCGCAUGGCACUCGACCAGGUACCGAAUAUGCAGAAGGAUCUACGAAUAAAAAUUCUGAAGAAUAUCGGUACUGCAUUCGUUAAAAUGGGCCAAUUUGCUGACGCUAUUACGUCGUUCGAGUACAUCAUGGCAGAGAAAUGCGACAUUCAAGCAGCGCUUCACCUGAUUCUGUGUCACUACAUGCUCGGCGAUGUGGACAAAAUGAAAAGGGCCUUCAUUAAACUCUUGGAUGUCGAUAACGCAUCGCUUGAACCGACAGAGCUGGCUGGAGGUCCACCACGAAAUGAUCUCCUUCAUAAAAUGGAACAAAAACGGAAGAGAGAUACCGAAUUCACUAUCAUGACGGCCGCCAAUCUCAUUACACCUGUCAUCUUCCCGACAGCAGCUGAAGGUUAUGAUUGGUGUAUCGAGCAGAUGAAGGCGUCAACGAACUUCUCGUAUCUGGCGUCGGAUCUUGAGCUUAAUAAAGCAACGGCAUUUUUGCGCAAGCGAGAAUUUGGCAAGGCUAUCGAAACACUGAAAAGCUUCGAAAAAAGAGAUAACCGGAACGUAUCGGCGGCCAACAAUCUCUCAUACCUCUAUUUUAUGCUGGACAAGAGACAGGCCGAAAAGUAUGCUGACGCUGCCAUCGCCAUCGACAAAUAUAACGCAGCUGCGCUAGUGAACAAAGGGAAUUGUUGCUUUAGUCGAGGUAACUUCGGCCAAGCCAAGGAGUAUUACGGCGAAGCCUUGCAAGUAGAAGCAGGCUGUGUUGAAGCGCUGUAUAACAUUGGUCUUUCAUGCGAACGUCUAAAAGAACGCGAGCAGGCACUGGACUUCUUCCUUAAAUUUCAGGCUAUCGUUGGCCUCUAUCCACAAGCGCUUUACAAAAUAGGCCAACAGUUCGAGUAUGCAGGGGAUGUUAAUCAAAGUAUGGAAUGGUAUCAUCAGGCAUCGACUCUUCUCCUCAGUGAUCCAGAUCUCCUCAACAAACUUGGCGCUGUGUGCGAGUCUCAGAUGGAUGAUAUCCAGCAAGCGGCCCACUAUCAUGGAGAAGCUGUGCGCCACUAUCCUUCAUCGUUGUCAACUCUUGAAUGGCUGGGAGGCUAUCAUGCAGAAAUGCACGCCUUCGAUGAGGCUGUCCGCUGCUUUGAAAAAGCUCAGCUUGUGCAACCUGCUGAACCUAAAUGGCCACUAUACAUUGGAUCCUGCUAUAUGCGGUCGGGACAAUUUGAUGACGCUCUUCGUUGCUAUGAAAAUGUCCAUCGAAAAUUUCCUGAGAACACUGACUGUUUGAAAAUGCUGGUAAAAAUCACCGGCGAUUUAGAACUAGUCGAAUACGAGGAAUAUGUGACUCGCCUGAAGAAGGUUGAAAAGCUAAAAGAGGCACGGGUUCAAAGCGGCCGCACGAGCGGCGGCCGUCGCAGAAAAAUGGUUCAAGGAACGGCACGAUCCAUUGGAUCUGCCGAAGCGGUUCAGUCCAAAGUUGCCCAAGAAACCUCGAUGCCCGCAGAAGUCGAAUUCGAUGAUCUUGACGAUGAUUUUUUGCCGUUGUAAACCCGAUCAAGACACGGCUCUGCUAUAGCGAGAUGAAAGACUUAAUUACGAGGAUGCACGUCUUUGCC